AUGACGAGGGGACACGGUGAAACUGCAUCGAGGGUAUCGAAGCCAAUUCACUACUCCAACCUCCAACUUUACCUCGGAGUCUAUGAAUUAUCUGACAAGAAUGGACAGCCGAAGGAUACGGAGGUCUAUGCUACACGCAUCUCCACCUCCAAACCUGUCUACAUUCCUGCCGCCAGACGCUGGUUCUGGAGACGUUAUGCUGCGGGUACGAGCCCACAAAUCCCGACACCCUUGGGUGUAGCUCCGAGAAAGAAUCGUACAGAAAUUAGGUGGCCUGAGCCCAAAAAGCGGGUUUUGCCAACCGUUGAAUUCGACUACGAUACCCCUGGCGAGGCAGUCAGAGAAAUCACCUGGACCCCAGCCGACGUUUCAGAACAUACCAAAUAUCCGCCAUACUUCCAUAUUCCGGCUCCAGCUUCUCAGCAACGUAUCUCGGCCUCACAAAAAGCACUGGCAGUCAAGGCACGAGCGGUUCAAGAUGCAUACAUUGCUGGAAGAUUGGUCGCUAGUGCUCCUAUGGAACAGUAUUUGGCUCGGGAGCUUUCGAAUCCUCACUCGAGGGCCAAGAAGCAACAGAGAUGGCAGGAGGCAAAGGAGGAGCGUGAUAGGUUACGGGUAAGGUUUAUGAAGGCCGCUAAGGAGGCUAGGAAAACUGGCGAUUCUGUAACAACCAUCGGACUGAAUAUCACAAAGAAACAAGCUGCGAAGGAAGGAAUUUUCCUAUUUGAGGCUCAUGUGCGCGAAGCCGACAAGGCUCGCAGAGCUGAGAGGGCCGAACAACGUGGUGCUGUGGCCAAGCUAGAGAGGAAGAAAGUUAGGAAGGCCAGGAAGGCUAAGAAGAUAGAGGAAUCGCUGAGGAAUUUAGUACUCGAGGAUGCAAAAAACCAGGUCUUGCCAACUACUCAGACUUAA